AGAUGAUGAACCAGAGAAAAAGAAAGCCAAGACUGAGAAUCAGCCACAAACUUCAGCAAUGCCUGCAGCUGUACCUGGGGCCAUACCAAUGAUGCCUAUGAUGCCUGUGCCGGGAAUGCCAGUUCCUCCAGGCUUCCCUCAAAUGCCCUUUGUUCAGCCAAUGCCAGGUGCACCACACAUGCCACCUGUCGCAUUUCCAGGUCAGCUUCCUGUUCACAUGCAGAUUCCUGGCAUGCCAAUCCCACCACACGGAGUGCACCCAAACACUGUCCCACCAACCAGCACAGCUACUGCCCCUGGUCAACCUCAACUUCAAAAAGGUCCUGUUAUUGGGCCUCAGGUACCCAAUACCAAACCCCUCUUCCCUGCUGCACAGAAUGUAAAUGGAGCUGCAAAAUCCAGUGCUUCAUCUGGCCCUGUGGGUGCUGACUUCAAACCACUUCUUUCAACGGCCACAGCCACGAGUUAUCAAAGCCCACCAGUCACAUCAACUGGUAAACCAGUUGUACCACCUCCUACUUCUGCUCCUGUUGUUACCAAGCCUGCUACCAUAGUUGCACCAGGAGCAACAAGCCGUUUGGUUCAUCCUGAUGAAGAUAUUUCACUGGAAGAACGACGGGCAUCACAUCCUAAAUAUGCACCAAAGACACCCAGUCUCCCAUCAUCUAACCCUGUUACUAUGGUUAGUGCCCCUCCUAUGCAGAUGCAGGCACCUGGAAGUCAUCCAAGCAUUGCUCCAAUGCCUCUGAUGGCCAACUUGCCACAACCCCCUAUUUCCAUGUCAUCAGCACCCACAGGGCCACCACAAGGAGGGCCUUCUCAGGGAGGACCUAUACAUGGAGGGCCAGGAGGACCCAUUCCCAGGGGCCCUGGAAUGGGCCCACCUGGAAUGCGGCCACCUGGAUUUCCACCCCACAUGCCUGGGCCACCACCACAUCAACAAGGAAUGCCACCAGGGAUGCCACCAAGGCUUGGUCCACCUGGCAACUUCUCAGGACCACCAUCUCUCAUGGGGGCACCUCCUGGCCCAGGAGGGCCUCCUCGUGGACCUCCCCCAAGAGGAGGACCAGGACUUCUUGGGCCACACCCUGGCGGUAGGCCACCUAUGAGAUUACCUAUGGGUGCACCUAGACGAUUUUAAGAUUGUAAAAUUAAUUCAACUAGGAUUUUUCAGAAAUGCCAGAUAAAUGUUUCAUCUGAGGGAUAGCUGCAUGGCAUAUCAUACUACUUGUUUUUGUAUAGUUAUUCAUUCAUAUAGUUAGUCAUUUUCUGACCCCAUGCUUACGUUAUCAAGACUCAGAUGUUGAAAGC